UGCAUCGAAAUGCCCGUAAAGAAGCUCCUCCAAAAGGGGGAAGCACAAAGAAAUAGACUGUCGUGUAUUUUACUGUAGUUUCUCAACUCGCUUCGCCAUGCCAAGUGUAAUUUUAGUGGAAUUACUAUGACACGUCUUAAACGUUAAGCGCUCUCCUUUCUUUUCCCCUACCGAGCUGCCACCGCUAUUAGAUUUUGCAAGUUUUUUUUUUUUUUUUGCUGCUUGCUAGCUGGGCGAGCUAAUGUGAGUUAACGCGACGAAUUGGCCUUCAGUUCUUUUCUGGUCGUAUCGGCCAAUAGUUAACCUUAUUUUAUUAUCACCGAUAUAUACUAGAUGGGAUUUUUAUCCGAUUGCACGUCACUGGGACUUCAAAAAAGUAUUGCCGAUAUCAAGGUCACAAUGAUGGCGAAGCAUAGAGAGCGACUGAUUUGCAGCCAAUGCAAUGCAAUGGAUUGUAUGCUUGAGGGUAUGUUGAGACAUUCGGACGGGCCAGAGCAGAGGCGUCUAGGUGGUUCGGACGGGGACUGAAGGGAGGAGGAGGGGGGGGAUCGACAGACGGGCGAGCCGGGAGAAAGACAUGGGCCAGUGUGUCACCAAGUGCAAGAACCCGACAUCCUCGCUCGGCAGCAAGAGCGGCGACAAGGAGAGUGGCUCCAAGUCCCACAAGAAAAGCAGCUGCAUGGGUAGCGCCGGAGGCCACAAGGAAGAGCCCAGCGCCCCGUGCGCAAAAGCCGGCGGCGAGCUGUCCAAUGGCACCAAGGCCCUGGAGGCUUGCGUGGAGACGCCCAUCAUCUCGGCCUUAAUGGGAGAACCGCGCAAGGCGGACAGCCCGGAAGGGCUGUCCAUCAAGCACAUCGAGGAGCUGUUCUCCUGCUAUAAGGACGAGCAGGAGGACGCCAUCUUGGAGGAAGGCAUGGAGCGAUUCUGCAACGACCUGUGCGUGGACCCGGCUGAGUUCCGCGUGCUUGUUCUCGCCUGGAAGUUCCAGGCAGCCACCAUGUGCAAGUUUACAAGGAAAGAGUUUGUGGAGGGCUGCAAGGCCAUUCAAGCGGACAGCCUCGAAGGCAUCUGCUCGCGCUUCCCCUGCAUGCUGCUGGAGGCCCAGGGUGAGGAGAACUUCAAGGACCUGUACCGCUUCACCUUCCAGUUCGGCCUGGAUGCCGACGAGGGCCAGCGCUCGCUGCAGCGCGACAUCGCCAUCGCGCUGUGGCGCCUCGUCUUCACCCAGGACAUGCCCUUCAUCCUGGAGCACUGGCUGGACUUCCUGGCCGAGAACCCGCCGGGCAUCCGGGGUAUCUCCAGGGACACGUGGAACAUGUUCCUGAACUUCACGCAGGCCAUCGGGCCCGACCUGAGCAACUACAGCGAGGACGAGGCCUGGCCCAGCCUCUUCGACACGUUUGUCGAGUGGGAGUUGGAGCGCAGGAAAAGAGAGGAGGAACGAGUGGCGAUGGCGAUGCACGGCGAGGGCACGCCGACUCGGACGGAGUGUUCGCUGAGCCUGGACAGGCUCGAAACGGACGGCGGCAGAGGAUCACAGACGUGGGGGGGCCACUGACCAGCAAACACGAAACGUUCGGAAGGGAGAGGAACCUUGGCUUUGAAGUGAACCAUUCGGGCGAACGUUCGUAUUAUCAUACAGCUCAGCAUUUCUGUUGGGAUGGGAUUCCUGCUUUGCAGUUUUGUUUUUUUUAAGCGUUUUUGAAAGGGCUCUGUGAACUGACAUUUUAAGCACUUCUAUUUAAGUUAUUGCUCUACUCCCCCCUUUUUUUUUUGGUUUUUUUUUUGUGAGACAUUUUUACUUGCACCGUAUCUGUUGAAGGCUUUGUUCAAAAGCAAAAAAACAAAGAGCUAUAACAUUAUUAACCCCCAUUCCUUGGUUUAGAAAUCACAGUGGCACCUUGAGAUACAAGCCGUCAAUUGCAUGUGUUUGUUUUACGAUACGAGCGCUGCAUCGUGGCAGCGAACAACUCUCACUUCACAAUAUACGACGAUUAGGUAAUUGAAGGCUUCAAGCUGUUUAUUGCCAGUUGAAGUUUUAAUGUCUCAGUGUAGACGUUCAGCCCACUAACUUAAUGCUAAUUGAUGUUGCUGUGCUCGAACCAUUUACGCAAAUUAUUGAACACGAACAGCACAGAGCACAUCAUCAGAUAUGAAUAGAACUCAGUUAUGUUGUUUAUCCUCUGCAAAGAUCGACUAAUAGUGCCAUACUGAUGGCUUGGGUGGGGUUGAGAUGCACAAUGUUUUUGUUUGGGGGGGGGCCAGGGAGAAAUUUGUAUUUUGUGUUCCAAACAUGGUCACAAAAUGCAUGAAACUUGUAUCUCAAGGCACCACUGUAGUCAUUUGCAUCUGGUAACUGCUGAUUUAUUUUGUCAUCUUCAAAAAAAAAAGGGAAACUGGGACUAAACGUCAACCCAUUUUUGGAAAUGCGAGGGUCGUCCUGAUUGGUCUCGUGGUUGUAAUUGCUUCUGUCUUGCGGUGCUGUGAGGAUGGAUUAGUUGCACUUGCCUUGCCUUGGCCACUUUUGGCAAACAGAAACAUACAAUUAUAUUCCAAGGGCAUUUUCUAAAUGGACAAAAUUCCUUUGACACUUUUGAUUCACUGGAAAUCCUCCUUCCAAGGUAACAGACUCAUGUUUUUCCAACACCCGAAUGAGUUUGAGGUUUGCAGUGCUCCCCAUCGACCUCUCACGUCUACCCAAAUGUCUGUUUCCUUUCAAGAAGCAGCUAAGUGUGUAAAAACGCAAUGACGCUGCCUUUUACUUGCAACCCAAACGAGCAAAAGCUACAGCAACAUCUCGGCCGAUUCCCGGUCGAGAUGACGCUGGCUCGAUCCCGUUGCUUUUGAAAGAUGAAUAUUGUUUACCUCCAGGCCGUCCGGGGUUUGACAGCCUGUACACAAACGCACAACAAGUGCACACUUCGCAAAGUUGACCGGUGGCGGUUCUAUUAUUGCACAAAACUACGGCCUGCUAAGUUGCUACGCUGUUGCUGAACUGCAAUGCUGUCUUGUCAGCCGCAUUCAUUCAAUUGAAACCCAUCACAGAGUUGACUUGGGUAUGAAAAGCCGCGUGCGGGUGUGUUCAAUAUCCUUGAUAGCCAGCUUCAGGACCAUGUACACUAUAGUAUACGCUUUGUUCUCACUAUUAAGACACGCGCGCUAGUAGAACAACUGUCUUACAAGUAACAGUCAGCAAGUCGUUCUUCUAGUGGUCUGAAUUGUCUUACUGGUGAGAACACAGACUACUAGUGCAUCAAGGAUAUUAUUGCUCAAAACGGCUUUCCAUACGGUGGCGUUAAUGAGCGUCUGCAAUUAAUCCUGUGGCGAAAGAGUGUGACCGUAACCUGAUCUGUUUAGUUUACAUCCACAACGGUUUUAUUUCAGACCUCAUUUUAUCCCUUCGUUUAUAUAAAUUGUAUUGAUUUCUAAAUAAUAAAUAAACAGUGUUCAACUUCUGACUGUUGACACUGGACGUGUGCAUUUGAAUUGAUGGCUUUUGGGGGCGUGUCGUCGACCUAUGCGGCUCUCCUGAUUGGUGGAGUGCCAUCCUGGUAACCGGCCAUCACAACAUAGCGGACACAUGAGGAAAAGAAGCAAGCGAAUUGAUAAGCAUUUGAUUAUUUCUACGACCUCGACGCGCUCGGCAGAGGCG